UUCCGCUCAUGAUCGCUUACAGUCGAUUUCAAGACAAGCCUCAUUCAUGUAUCUGUUUUUGGACUUUAAGAUCAUAUUCUCGAGAGUGGCAAGGUCCUUCAACACUUGAGGUGUUGUUGUGAGUUGGUUGACAUUCCGUAAACUUCUUGCCUUGUCUAGAUCUGCAACGAACAAGGCAGCGCUCCGAACAAAAGCCAGUGAAUUUGACAUUGCAAAUAGCGUACAUGCGUUGUUCUUAUCUAUACAUUUCAGUAGGCCUACAGUUUUAUUGGUGAACAGUUAAACUGUGUUCAUAACAAUGAAUAAAUCUAAGUUAGCAAUCGGACUUUUUGUCGCAGGUACGCUCACUGCAGUGUUUGGGUUAGUUAUUCUAUUCGUUGGACCAAUCAUCAUUGACGACCAAAUUGUGAAGAACUUAAUAAUAGACCCUAAGAAUGAGAUGUCUUACACCAUGUGGAAGGACGUCCCUGUCCCGUUCUUCAUGUCUGUCUACUUCUUCAACAUCCUCAACCCCACCGAAGUCCUUGCGGGAGAGAAACCCAUGGUGGAGCAGAGAGGACCAUACGUAUACAGGAAGCGUCUUCAGAAGCAGAACAUCACGUUCCAUCCCAACGACACAGUGUCGUAUCUUGAAUACAGGAGCUACUUCUUUGAGCCCAGCAUGUCAGUGGGCAACGAGUCGGAUGUGGUCACCAUCCCCAACAUGCUGGUGUUGGGUGCGGCGGUGAUGAUGGAGAACAUGCCAUUCGCAGUGCGUCUGUUGCUCAGCACCACCUUUAAGGGCUUUGAGGAGGGACCCUUCCUAAACAAGUCUGUAGGGGAGCUGAUGUGGGGCUACGACAGCAAGCUGGUGGACUUCCUCAAUAAAUGGUUCCCUGGGAUGCUGCCCUCCACUGGCAAGUUUGGCCUCUUCUCUGAGUUCAACAACUCCAACACUGGUCUGUUCACCGUCCACACGGGGAAGGAUGACAUCCGGCUGAUUCACAAAGUGAACUCAUGGAACGGCUUGACCAAGUUGAUAUAUUGGAAGACUCCCCAGUGUAACAUGCUCAACGGUACAGCAGGACAAAUGUGGCCUCCCUUCAUGACCAAGGAGUCCACACUGCCGUUCUACAGUCCUGACGCCUGCAGGUCUUUGGAGCUGGUGUACCAGCGUGAGGGGAUAAUGAAAGGGAUUCCCCUCUAUCGCUUUGUGGCUCCUAAGACUAUGUUCGCUAAUGGCUCCGACUACGCUCUCAAUGAGGGCUUCUGUCCCUGCAGACAAUCUGGCCUCCUCAACGUCAGCAGCUGCAGAUCCAACGCCCCAGUGUUCAUUUCCCAACCCCACUUCUACAAUGCUGACCCUGUGCUGCUGGACUACGUACAGGGACUUCAGCCUACUGAGGACGAACACGGACUAUUCAUAGACAUCCACCCUGAGACUGGCGUGCCUCUGAAUGUGUCUAUCCGUCUGCAGCUCAACCUGUACAUGAAGAAGGUGUCGGGUAUCACGGAAACAGGGAAGAUCUCAGAGGUUGUGAUGCCCAUGAUCUGGUUUGAGGAGAAUGGGUAUAUGGACGGUGCCAUCGUGAAAACGUUCCACACCAACCUGGUGGUAUUGCCAAUGGUGAUGGUGUACAUGCAGUACUGUUUCCUAGGCCUGGGCCUGGCCACCGCACUGGGAGCUGUACUACUACACUACAGCGGGAAGGUGUUGUUGAAAAAAGAUCUGCCCACAGUGAUAGAGAACCAUGGGGCAACGGUUAAAGACCCAGUAAACGGCUCAGAUGCCCACAAACAGAUGGACACAUUUAUCAUGAAUGACACAGAUCCUAAAAUGUGAGAGGACUGUCAUACCGGACGCCAGCGUCAGCACUUCAUCCAGCGAGCAAACCCCUCUAAUACAGGACCACGUGGACUAACACGCAUGUAGGGGAGAGCUGCCUAGCCCAGUUCUGCAGGACUCUGUCUGCAUGUGUUUUAUUGAGACUGAUGAUCACUGGAACUCCAAAAACCACUGAUUCUCUCCUGCUAUCUAUAUCUCUCUCUCUCUCUCUCUCUCUCUCUCAGCUAUAAACUCUCUCACCUGGUACAGUUCUCACCUGGUCCUGCAUCUGCUCUGGGAGACUUUGGAGACCUUCAUUCUGUUCAGGACUCACCGAUCAACAGGGAAGGGCAGGACCACCCCGGUUGGUUCUGCUCUCUGGUGGUGUCCCAUCCAACCCUCCAAUGAGGAUCCACUCUCGGAAUACAUCAUGGAACAUCACCGCAUCCUCAGUCGCUGUUAUGUGAAUCUUUCCUCGUCUGUUUGUCCUUCCAUUUCUUCAGAUGUUUUAACAACUUAGUAUCAUGUGUUUUUACUAUUCCUGAAAUGCCAUAGAAAACCACUCCACUAGAUCUGUAUUGUCCUGCUUUCCUUUCCUCUGGUCUGUGUAGAAGUUGCCUGUAUGCACAGACCUAGGAUCAGAAAAUCCUACCCUUAGACUUUAGGGGAAGAAAUGGAAAAGUGACCCCAAAUCGGCACCUAAAAGCAACUUCAUUCUACAAUAUCUCACCAGACCAACGAWUCAAAAAGUUAACUUGUUUUUGGGGUGAAUUCCAGUCAAUUCAGGAAGUAGACUGAAAUUCCAACUAUCUUCCAUGCUUUUCAAUUAGGGAAACUGGAAUUUGGUUUACUUUCUGAAUUAACUGUAAUUUAGAUGGGAUUUACCCCCAACCCAGGGGCAAAGGCCCACCCACUCAGGUUGCUCCAAAAAACGCAAAACUUGUCUGUUCCAAAUGGGAUAUUAUUUGUCUUUUUUACCUACGCACAGUACUUGACUUGGGCAGGAGCUCACUGGAACUGAGUACUGGCAACUCCAGUGUUCUUCUGCUUGAAUUCCUGCACCUCCUAUUGAAUAUUAACUCCAAAGUAUUAAGGAGUUCUGGCACUUAAAUAUAAACUGUACCGGCACCCAAAAUGAGUACUGGCAAGUCAAACACUGGCCUAAACAUGUCUAUGCAAACAGAAGGAAGGGUGUGUGUGAAAAUGAAAGGGAUAUAUAUUUAAAAUACAUUUUAUUUGGCAGAUACCUUUUCAGGGCAUCUUACAUAAAAUCUGGUGCUGUACAUAAAAUCCAUUUCAUUUAGGCCUAUGUAAUGAAUUUGAAUGAAUUAUUUACCGGGAAGUAAGAGAAACUGUCAGCUUACCAAUUUCAAAAUAAUGGGAGGGUUCUUGCAUGUGUCACUUCACACUGAUACCAUGUGCAGUAAACCGUAGCAAUAGCUGUGGAGGCUAGACUGUAGGAUACUCACCGUGAGCCAGCAAAGACUCACUAGCCAACAAAGCUCACUGUUUACAUUUUUUUAAAGAUGCCAUUUCUAGAAGAGGAUGUUGAAGCAUAUGCCGUGGUAUUUGAUAUUCGUGAUUUCACCAURAAGGGCCUCCAGUCCCCCUCUAUAUUACUCAGUUCUAAUUUAAGGGCCUUUAAGACAUUUUCAGUAAAUUCAAUCAGCGCUUACAAUGCUGUUUUCAUUCAACACUUAAAAAAAUAAAAAAAUAACUUAGAAAUCAUGAAACGCUCUUCUCCACUUCGACUCAUGGACAUCAGUCCAGUGAAAUAAAGUUCUUUAAAUGUAUGCUCCGAUGUGCCUCGCAAAUAAUAGGCUCUUGUCUUACCCGUGUUAAUAGCCUAGCUUGACUCAUUUUGAAAUAGAAGGGAUUCUACGUUAUUUAUAAGGGUAGGUCUACAUGGAUGAAACUGGAUCUGUUAUUUAUAUAGGAAAAUAGGCAAAUGCAUGAAACAGCCAAACAGUAUUUCCAGUCAAUGAUUUUUAGGAAUUGAAUUGGAAAUAGAACUGUGCUGUGUUUCUCUGCCCAUGCAUUAUAGUUAGUCCCUAUAGGGCCUAUCGACCAUUUAAUUGUUCAUCAGAUUCUUCAUUUGCAAUUAAUAAUAUUCUCACCCAUUACAUUAUUGUCAAUUUAAUCUGGUCUUUAUGCUAACUGUGUGAAAUUACUUUUGCUAUAGUUUAGGUGUAGUUUCGUCAGCAUUCGUAAUGCUUAUAACCUAAAUUCUGGUUGAUAUUAAGAGGAUGGUUGGUUGAUAUUAAGAAGAUGUCAUUUUUCCCCCCAUCAGAGCUGCACAGACCUGAUGGGCCAUCGGCUGCACAGACCUGAUGGGGGGGGGGGGAAAUGACAUCCUCUUAAUAUCAACCAGAAUUUAGGUUAUAAGCAUUACGAUUCUAACAACGAUCACGUGUUGGACUUAUUUAGGACAAGUCAAGGACAGGGGUGACAGCUUUAAAAAAUGGCAGAGUAAUUGAAAAAGUGAAUUUCCAGUCAAAAUGACUCUCUCGGCUCUCCUAGUGUUAAAGGGUUACGUUUGUGGCCGCCUAGCCUACUAAUCUCCUGGUUGCUGAUCCAGAGAAGUUGCCAAGCCUGUUGUGAUUAUUACUGCUAUAUCAGGGCGUUUAUGUUCUAGUCUCAUAGUCUAUUAUUUAUAGGUCUACGGUUUAUUAUGUGUAGUAGGUCUGAGUUUUUUUUUUUCUCUUUUUUUCCCCACCUAAAUUUUAGUGGGCCCUGCCAUGAAUGGAUUUCUGCCUAUGCCACUGCCUGAACCCAUGAUUAUUAUUUUUUUGCAAUGUUAGGAAUAACGCCUCAUUCAAAGUAAAUUAGUUGAUCUAGAAAUGUCCCUCUGCUGAUGGCAUAGGCACCAAUAAUGACUGACGUUUUACUACACCAAUGUGCCUUUUCAAUUGGGAACUUCUCCUUUGCCCAAGCCCAAAUUGACUCCUAAACCCUUGCGACUCCGUGUAGAUGUGAGAGGAUUGGAUAGCUCUGGUAGCUCCACCUUGCCCUCUGGAUUUUCACCAUACAGCAAAUGCUCAUGGGUGUCCAAGGCUAGGGGCCAGGGGUUCAUUUGGAAUUGGGCCGUUUAUGGUGUGUCCUGUGUAUUGUGGCCAUAGACCAGGUGUGCUCAAACUUUUGGCCGUGGUGGGCCACGGGCUGAACGUAUAAGUAUUUAGGGAAAAAAAGUAAACAAUAGCUUUUUAGUAAGCAAACAUAAAAUCACACUUCAAACAUUGUAGCCAUAUAUCUUGAAACCUAACUCCAUUCUGAUUACCACCUCACAGGCAAGACGAUUUAGUGUGUGUCGCCCCCCCCCCCCCAGGCGCCACUGUACAAAUGUUGCCAUGACUUAUGCCAUGUUCAUAUGAUACGAGUGAGUGACUAAGUAAACAAUCAGUGGGAUGCCCCUGGUGGGUAGGGCCCCUGGGCACAUGCCCUGCCUGCAUGCCCAGUUGGUAAUUUGGUGACUAGCCUACUACAAGGUUUAGAUAGCUGGCUAGACUACCCUACCUAGCAAUAAAAACAUAUGUUACCGGACAUGGGCUACAUUACCAUGAGAGGCCAAACCAAAUGUUGUCGGCCCUGCCAUAGACCAUACUGUACACAGUAAUAAUUCUGUGAUUGAAUGUAAAGAGCAUAGUACAUAAAAUGCUUGUGUCCAAACUAUGGCUGUGUCUCAAAUGGCACCCUAUAUAAUACACUACCUUUGGCCAGAGUGCACUAUUUAGGGAUUAGGGUGUCUUUUGUGACGCAUACAAGGGUCUGGAUGCGUUUCAUUGUGUGCUUUUUGACAACACAGGAUCUUUGAAUGAGAUGGCUGAUGUGGGAUUUGUGAAUUUGCUCCGUCGUACUCCUUUUUAAGUGGCGAGAAUAACUUUGUAAAUAAAUGAAUAAAUGUGCCAUGAAUUGGAGUACAUUACUUCCA